UCACGUUUUUGCGUCUCUGUCUGACGGGGCCUUAUAGAGAGAGAUACAGAGAGAGAGAGGGAAGGAAGGGGAAGAGCAAGGGGCAGAGGUUGCAGAGGAGGGUGGUUCGGGUUCAACAUUUCUUCUUCCCGUUCAAGCCUCUGCAACAACUUCCCAUGUGACCACCGCCACGGCCACCGGAACAGCCACCGCCAGCAGAACUUCCUCGUCGCUCGUCGUCAUCUUUUUCUUCUCCAUAAACGCCGUUGUUUCUCCUGAAUUCGCUGAGUCAAAAGGAGGGUGCAGUUGGAAAUACUGGUCUCCGAACAGCUAGGGCAGGGGUUGGAUGAUAUUCGUCUUUUUGUGCUUGCAUUGGGAGGAAUCUAUGGUUUCCCCGACAUUGCGAGGUUGUGAUUGUUGAAUGAAUUUAGGGUUCAUUGGCUGGUUGUCUGGCCCGAAUUCAUUGAUUCCGUAAAACAACGAUGGCUCUGGUCAAUAUAGUAGUUGGAUCUCAUGUUUGGGUGGAGGAUCCUGAGGUGACUUGGAUGGAUGGGGAAGUUGUUGAAGUCAAUGGUGACGAGAUUAAAAUAAGCUGCACAUCAGGGAAGACAGUUUUUGCUAGCGCAUCCAAUAUCUAUCCAAAAGAUGCAGAAAUUCCUUCAUGCGGAGUGGAUGAUAUGACAAAGCUUGCUUAUCUUCAUGAACCAGGGGUUCUGCAGAAUUUAAAAUGUCGAUACGAUAUUAAUGAAAUUUAUACAUACACAGGAAACAUAUUGAUAGCUGUGAACCCAUUUCAGAAACUGCCUCAUUUAUAUGAUAGUCAUAUGAUGGAGCAGUAUAAAGGGGCUGCCUUUGGUGAGCUGAGCCCGCAUCCUUUUGCUGUUGCAGAUGCAGCUUACAGGGUGAUGAUAAAUGAGGGACUAAGCCAGUCAAUUUUGGUUAGUGGAGAAAGUGGAGCUGGUAAGACAGAAAGCACUAAAUUGCUUAUGCGAUAUCUUGCUUAUAUGGGAGGAAGAGCAAAGGCUGAUGGACGGACUGUGGAGCAGCAAGUUCUGGAGUCCAAUCCUGUUCUAGAAGCAUUUGGCAAUGCAAAGACUGUCAGAAACAAUAACUCUAGUCGGUUCGGUAAGUUUGUGGAGAUUCAGUUUGAUCCAAGGGGGAGGAUUUCUGGUGCUGCCAUAAGAACUUAUUUACUGGAACGCUCACGUGUUUGUCAAGUGUCUGAUCCUGAGAGAAAUUAUCAUUGCUUCUAUAUGCUUUGUGCUGCACCAUCUGAGGAUGUUGAGAGGUACAAAUUGGGACAUCCAAGAAUGUUCCAUUAUCUGAAUCAAUCAAAUUGCUAUGAGUUGGAUGGAGUGGAUGAUUCUAAGGAAUAUAUUGCAACUAGGAGGGCUAUGGAGAUUGUUGGGAUCAGCUCUGAGGAGCAGGAUGCAAUAUUCCGAAUAGUGGCUGCAGUUCUUCAUUUAGGUAACAUAGAAUUUGCAAAAGGAAAGGAAAUAGAUUCUUCUGAACCUAAGGAUGAUACAUCUCAUUUCCAUCUAAGAACAGCAGCUGAGCUUCUCAUGUGUGAUGAGAAGGCUCUUGAAGACUCCCUGUGCAAACGUGUGAUUGUGACUCGCGAUGAGACUAUAACAAAAUGGCUUGAUCCUGAUUCUGCAGCUGUCAGUAGAGAUGCUUUGGCCAAAACUGUUUAUUCAAGAUUAUUUGAUUGGAUUGUCAACAAGAUUAAUAAUUCUAUUGGACAAGAUCCUAAUUCAAAAUUUUUGAUCGGUGUUUUGGAUAUAUAUGGAUUCGAGAGUUUCAAGACAAACAGUUUUGAGCAAUUUUGUAUCAAUUUGACAAAUGAGAAACUGCAGCAGCAUUUCAAUCAGCAUGUUUUUAAGAUGGAGCAAGAAGAAUAUACAAAGGAAGAAAUUGACUGGAGCUAUAUUGAAUUCAUCGAUAAUCAAGAUGUUCUUGAUCUCAUUGAAAAGAAACCUGGUGGCAUUGUUGCUCUUCUGGAUGAGGCUUGUAUGUUUCCAAGAUCAACGCAUGAAACAUUUGCACAAAAGCUCUAUCAGACAUUUAUGAACCAUAAACGCUUCAGCAAACCAAAGUUGUCGCGUACUGAUUUCACCAUUUGUCAUUAUGCUGGUGAUGUCACUUACCAAACUGAGCUCUUCCUGGAUAAGAACAAAGAUUAUGUUGUUGCAGAGCAUCAAGCUCUCUUGAGUGCUUCCAAGUGCUUGUUUGUCUCAGGUUUGUUCCCACCUCUGCCUGAGGAGUCUUCCAAAACGUCAAAGUUUUCAUCAAUAGGUUCCCGCUUUAAGGUCAGUUUACAUUCUAACACGUUUGGUUUAUGCAAACUAUUUUGUUUGGUGUAUGCAAACUAUUUUAUCUUUCACACUUACAUUUUAACUUGUAUCUUGUACGUUUUACAGCAACAACUGCAAGCUUUGCUUGAAACACUGAGCGCCACUGAACCACACUACAUACGUUGUGUGAAGCCAAAUAAUUUUCUUAAGCCAGCAAUUUUUGAGAACAAUGAUGUUCUUCAGCAACUUCGUUGUGGUGGUGUUAUGGAAGCAAUCCGAAUAAGCUGUGCUGGAUUUCCUACUAGACGAGCAUUUGAUGAAUUUGUUGGACGUUUUGGCAUCCUUGCACCUGAUGUUUUGGAUGGGAGCUGUGAUGAGAUCACUGCCUCCAAGAAGCUUCUGGAGAAGGUGAACCUCAAGGGCUAUCAGAUUGGUAAAACAAAAGUUUUUCUCAGAGCAGGCCAAAUGGCUGAGCUUGAUGCUCGAAGAAGCGAGGUUUUAGGAAGAUCAGCAAGCAUUAUCCAAAGGAAAGUUCGCUCAUAUUUGGGUCGUAAGAGCUUUAUCUUGUUGCGGUUAUCUGCCAUACAAAUCCAAGCCUUGUGUAGAGGAGAAGUAGCACGCCAUCAUUAUGAGUACAUGAGGAGAGAAGCUGCAUGUCAGAGGGUCCAGAAAGAUGUGCGCAUGUUUCUUGCUAGGAGAACUUAUGAAAGGCUGUGCUUUUCAGCUGUUUCUAUUCAAACAGGUAUGCGUGGGAUGGUUGCCCGUGGUGUGCUUUGCUUCAGGAAGCAGACUAGAGCUGCAGUUGUGAUCCAGAGCCAUUGCCGACAAUACUUUUCUCGACUUCGUUAUAUGAGAAUAAAGAAAGCUGCAAUUGCUACUCAAUGUGCUUGGAGAGGAAAGGUUGCUCGCAGAGAACUACGGAAGCUUAAAAUGACUGCUAAGGAAACUGGUGCUCUUCAAGCCGCUAAAACUAAGUUGGAAAAGCAGGUUGAAGAACUGACUUGGCGAUUGCAGCUGGAGAAACGCCUGAGGGCUGACAUUGAGGAAGCAAAAACACAGGAAAAUGCACAAUUGCAGUCUGCUUUGCAAGAGAUGCAACUUCAAUUUCAAGAAACUAAAACGCUGCUUAUGAAGGAACAUGAAGCUGUGAAAGAAGCAGCUGAGCAGAUCCCUGUCAUACAGGAGGUUCCAGUUAUUGAUUAUGAAAUGGUGAAUAAGCUUACUGCUGAAAAUGAAAAGCUUAAGGCCUUGGUAAGUUCACUUGAAAAGAAAAUUGAUGAAACAGAGAAAAAAUUUGAGGAGACAAACAAGCUCAGUGAGGAACGGUUGAAGCAGGCUUUAGAUGCAGAGACAAAGAUCAUUCAGUUGAAGACUGCCAUGCAAAGACUUGAAGAAAAGCUUUCUGACAUGGAAACUGAGGAUCAAAUUCUACGGCAACAAGCACUGUUGAAUUCUCCUGUUAGGAAAAUGUCAGAACAUCUAGGAAUUUCUACACCUCUGCCUCUUGAAAAUGGGCAUCAUGAAUCACAGAGUGUAACACCAGCAAAAAAGUUUGACACAGAGGCUGAUAGCAAGCUGAGGAGAUCCAAUAUUGAGAGACAGCAUGAGAGUGUAGAUGCUCUUAUUAAAUGUGUUGUACAAGAUCUUGGGUUCAGUCAGGGAAAGCCAGUUGCAGCAUUUACUGUUUACAAAUGUCUUCUCCACUGGAAAUCGUUUGAGGCCGAAAGAACUAGUGUAUUUGAUCGUCUUAUCCAAAUGAUUGGUUCUGCAAUAGAGAACCAGGAAAACAAUGAUCACAUGGCUUAUUGGCUUUCCAAUGCAUCUACUUUGCUGUUUUUGCUUCAACGGAGUUUAAAGGCUACUGGUGCUGCUGGUUCAACUCCACAUCGGAAACCUCCCCCUCCAACAUCAUUGUUUGGGAGGAUGACCCAAGGCUUCCGUUCAUCCCCUUCUUCUGCCAGCCUUUCAGUUGGCCCAGUUGAUGUAGUGCGCCAGGUUGAAGCCAAGUAUCCAGCAUUGCUUUUUAAGCAGCAGCUCACAGCAUAUGUGGAGAAGAUAUAUGGAAUUAUUCGUGACAAUUUGAAGAAGGAUUUGUCAUCACAACUUUCCUCUUGUAUCCAGGCCCCAAGAACAUCAAGAGGAAAUGUUUUGAGAUCAUCUGGGCGGUCAUUUGGCAAUAGUCCACCGGCUAGUCAUUGGCAGGGCAUCAUUGAGAGCCUUAAUGGGCUUCUCAGUACAUUAAAGGAAAAUUUUGUGCCUCCAAUUCUCGUCCAGAAGAUCUUUACCCAGAUUUUCUCAUAUAUCAACGUACAGCUCUUCAAUAGCCUUCUUCUUCGUCGAGAGUGUUGCACUUUCAGCAAUGGUGAAUAUGUGAAGGCUGGGUUAGCUGAAUUAGAACUAUGGUGUUGCCAAGCAAAAGAAGAGUAUGCGGGCUCAUCUUGGGAUGAACUCAAGCACAUAAGGCAAGCUGUUGGAUUCUUGGUCAUACACCAGAAGUCCAGAAUUUCCUAUGAUGAAAUUACAAAUGACUUAUGCCCUAUCCUUAGUGUUCAGCAGCUUUAUAGAAUAUGUACCCUAUACUGGGAUGACAACUACAAUACUCGAAGUGUAUCACCAGAUGUGAUUUCUAGCAUGAGGAUACUAAUGACAGAGGAUUCCAACGAUGCUGUCAGCAACUCCUUUUUAUUAGAUGACAAUUCGAGCAUUCCCUUCUCGGUUGAUGAUAUUUCCAGUUCUAUUGAGGAGAAGGAUUUUUCAGUUGUAAGACCUGCCACAGAACUUCUUGAGAACCCAGCCUUCCAAUUUUUACAGGAAUGAAGCUGUAGUUCUUUUACUAUUUUUUUUUUCCCAGCGCCUCAGUCAUGCCCCACAUUUUGCAAGAUAAAACUAAAAUUUCUACUCUUCCAGUCACUGCCACAAUGUAAAUCCUCCCUCAUUUUAAAUGUAUCCUUCUCUUUACCUGUGCUCCCCCCCUUGUAAAAUCCAUUGCCCUUGCUGUAAAAUUAUUCUUUGAAUUAGGUUUGUAAAAUGUUUAGGCUCAUCAUGGUAGUCAGAGGGGCAGCGAUAGUUUUUUUGUUUUCUUACCCAUUUGAGGCACACUGUGAUAUUGUUUCAUUUUUCUAUUUCCUUUUUUAAUGGGUACUUAGGACUAGCAUUCUUUGUAGUUGCAGAAGCAUGCCAAUGUACUGUGCUGGGUAGAGCUGCUCUUAAGACCACUUCUCCAGCCCCCUCCCAGAACAAUUUUCCCUUUUGUAUAAAGCAGAACAUUAUUGAAAAUAUACAGUACAGUUUUUAGCCCUUUGGUUUUAGUAUGCCCCUAUAGACACGCAUGAAUAUAAUAAAAUGUCUGUUGAGAAUUUUGGUGCCCUA